CCCCGUCGCCGCCCAGGUCCCACCUUCGCCGCCGUCGACGCUGCCCCCCGCCCUUCCCCCAAAGGGCGGCCCCCGGACAAUCCCCGUCAAGCCGGACAAGGGUGUGCUCACCCCCGCCGUGGACCCCGGCAACCGGUUGACGGGCCGCCCCAGGAUCAUGGGGGUGGUCGCCAAGGGCAAGGAGAACACCCUCAAGCUCAAGGACCUGAUCGCGCGCUUCGACGCGUGCAACACGCACGGCCGCGCCGACCGGCCGCUCACCAAGCGCGCCUCGUCGACGGACAGCGGCAUCGACGUGUCGCCGGAGCCGCUCGUCACGCAGCAGGACAACGUGACCCUCAUCCAGCUGGUCUCGAGCGACUCGGGGGCGUCCUCGUCGGACGAGGGCGGCAGCGCCAGCAGCGCUAGCAGCGGCACCCGAGACUCGGUGUUGUUGCUGACGCACUCGGGGCCGUCGUCCUGGGAGGACCACCCGGAGCCACCGCGCGUCGACGACAAGGACAGCUCGCCCGCGGUGGUCGAGAGGCUCGUCAGCUUCUACCAGAACGCCCCCGACCCGGCCACACCCACUGGCACCACACCAACGCCGAAGAUGACACUCGCCCUGGGCCGGCAGCAGCUGCCCAACAGCGCGCCGUGGGGGAUGUCGCGACCGCGGGCGCCGCCCCCGGAGCCGCCGCCACCGGCGUCCGCCCCCGAGUGCGCCGCCUCCAUCGUCAAGAAGGUCAAGGAGAAGUUCGAGCGCCUCGACCAGCGGCCACUCGAGGACACGCCGUCGUCCACCCCGCUGCGGCGGCGCGGCCCUUCGCUCGACGGCUUCCUGGGCGGGGCGCGGCGGCGGGUCAUCGCCGACCCGCCCGCCCCCGCGCCGCCCCGGCGGGCCGUGUCGGACCUGUCCGAGAUCUUCUUCCGCGCCGGCGUCCUGGAGCAGCUCGAGGCCCAGCGGGACGAGCGCAUCGCGGGUCAUGUGGUGCGGCUGCAGGCGCGCUGCCGGGGAUUCCUCGCGCGCAAGCAGCUCGCCAAGAGAAAGGUACAGUAACCGAAAACUUUACACCACACACUUCACGUUAUGACUUCUCAUGCCGAAAGAAAGUAGAGUGUGGUCAAGGGCAAUAUGAAGUUGUUGUUUUUCUUUUGUUUUAUUUAGAGAUCUCUGCUACGUAUGCACAAUUAUAGAGUCGAAUGACUUUUCUAAAAAGUCGGAAAACUACUUGUUGAUCCUACCCUAUAGUUUUAUUUUUAUUUUUUUCAUUUUGUUUCGCAAAAGAAGUCGGAAUGUGUUGGGCACACAAUGGCAAUUUAUAUCCCUCCGCGCCUUUCCCGCUAGUACGUAGCACUGCCGGCCGGUGCAAGCAGUAUGGUAGUGCCUUACUUCCCUGCUCUUGCUCUCUGCUGGUAUUGAAUAGCAAUUUGCCGCUCGUGCACCGCUUUGCUUCCGCCGGUGGUGGUGGUGCGCCCGCCGGCCCGCGCGCUUGCAACCAAACCACCACCACUACGGCGGCGCGAGUACAUGGCAAAAGCAGGGCGAAAGUUUGAAAAAAGAAAAAAAGAUUUUUUUUCGGUCUAGUUUUAUAAUAUAGUUUUACCUUCAAACAAAAAAGUUUCCUUU